GCACAUUCCUGGGACAAACACAUCAGCUGUUGUAAAUUGUUUCAGCAAAAUUUUCUGCUAUUCAUUGAUUUUACGGAGGGCACGUCAUAGCAAUUUCCCUGAGCAAAGCAAGCCAUGGCUGUUGGGGUCAAGCAGUGGGUGGUGAUGGUGCUGCUGGCUCUGGCUGAUGCUCACCUGCCGAAACCAGCACGGGCCCCUCUGGUCCUGCACAAGCCCUUCCUGGUUGUCUGGAACGCGCCAACCGAGCAGUGCAGGCUGCGGUACAAGGUGGACCUGGAUCUCGGUGUUUUUGACAUUGCAUCCAACAUCAAUGAGACUCUGAGUGGAUCCAACGUGACAAUCUUCUAUCACACUCACCUGGGAUACUAUCCCUACUACUCUGAUAACGGAGAUCCUGUAAAUGGAGGGGUGCCCCAGAACGAAAGCCUUAUCAAACACCUUAGCAAAGCAAAGUCUGACAUUGACUAUUGCAUACCCAUGAAGAAAUUUCAGGGACUUGCAGUCAUUGACUGGGAAAACUGGAGGCCCCAGUGGGAUAGGAACUGGGGCAAUAAAAGCAUUUAUAGAAAUAAAUCUCUCGAGAUUGUUAGGAGACGGCAUCCUCGGUGGUCAGAGGACAAAAUUAGGAAAGUGGCUAAAGAGGAAUUUGAAAAUGCUGGCAGGAGUUUUAUGAAUAACACCAUCCUUCUGGCUGAGCAUAUGAGACCGAACGGUUUGUGGGGUUACUAUCUUUACCCAGACUGCUACAAUUACGAUUACAAGGAACACCCCCAGAGAUACACAGGGAAAUGCCCACCCAUUGAGUCUUUCCGCAAUGACCUCCUGCUCUGGCUGUGGAAGGAAAGCACGGCUCUCUACCCUUCUGUAUACCUGGAUUAUAUACUGAAGUCAAGUCCAAAUGCACUAAAAUUUGUUCACUAUCGGGUUAAAGAGGCGAUACGUGUUGCCUCAAUUGCCAGAAAUGACUAUGUUUUGCCUGUGUUUGUUUACUCCAGACCGUUUUAUGCCUAUACUUUUCAUGUUUUAACAGAGAGGGAUCUGGUCAAUACCAUUGGGGAAAGCGCGGCUUUGGGAGCUGCUGGAGUUGUUCUCUGGGGCAGUAUGCAAUAUGCCAGCUCAAAGGAGAGCUGCUUGACCGUGAAGCGGUACAUUGACGGACCUUUAGGACAUUAUGUCAUUAAUGUGACCUCAGCAGCCAAACUCUGCAGCAAAGUCCUCUGCAAGAAGAAUGGAAGAUGUAUCCGCAAAAACAGUGACUCUUCUGCUUAUCUCCAUUUGUCACCCGCUGAUUUUCAGAUCCACGGCCACCACUCAGAGAGGGGCCCCAGGUUCUGGGUGACUGGUGAACCCAGCCUGGAGAGUAUUGAAGCUAUGAAGCAGAGAUUUAUUUGUCAGUGUUACCAGGGCUGGACAGGAAUAUUUUGUGAAUUGCCUGACCAAAGACUAUUGGAACACUGGGUUCGUGUAGUGUUUAGUAGAUCAAGAAAACAAAGCUUUUUUAUCUUCCUCUUAGGAGCCAUGCAGCUUCUUCUGCUUUGUUCUACACAUUAA